UGAUGCCAUCCGGGAGAAGAUGAAGAAAAACUACCUAUCAAAUCCAAGUUACAACUAUGAAAUUGUAAACAGAGCAUCACUGGCCUGCGGGCCAAUGGUGAAAUGGGCAAUUGCACAGCUGAACUAUGCCGAUAUGUUGAAGAGAGUAGAACCUCUACGCAAUGAACUGCAGAAGCUGGAGGAUGAUGCCAAAGACAACCAGCAGAAAGCAAAUGAAGUAGAGCAGAUGAUUCGUGAUCUUGAGGCCAGUAUUGCCCGUUACAAAGAAGAAUACGCAGUACUGAUUUCAGAGGCUCAAGCUAUUAAGGCAGACUUGGCUGCUGUAGAAGCAAAAGUAAACCGUAGCACAGCUCUUCUGAAGAGUCUUUCUGCUGAACGUGAAAGAUGGGAAAAGACAAGUGAAACUUUCAAGAACCAGAUGUCCACUAUUGCAGGAGACUGUUUACUUUCAGGAGCUUUUAUUGCCUAUGCUGGCUAUUUUGAUCAGCAGAUGCGUCAGAAUCUGUUCACUACGUGGUCUCACCAUUUGCAGCAAGCAAAUAUCCAGUUCCGUACAGACAUUGCAAGGACAGAGUACCUUUCCAAUGCAGAUGAGCGGCUUCGCUGGCAAGCAAGUUCUCUACCUGCAGAUGACCUGUGCACUGAGAAUGCCAUCAUGCUCAAGCGGUUCAAUAGGUAUCCAUUGAUCAUCGAUCCCUCUGGGCAAGCUACAGAGUUUAUCAUGAAUGAAUAUAAAGACCGUAAGAUAACUCGUACUAGUUUCUUGGAUGAUGCUUUCAGGAAGAACUUGGAAAGUGCCUUGAGAUUUGGUAACCCACUUCUGGUACAGGAUGUGGAGAGCUAUGAUCCAGUUCUGAAUCCUGUUCUGAAUCGUGAAGUCCGGAGAACUGGAGGCAGAGUUCUGAUUACUCUGGGAGACCAAGAUAUUGAUCUGUCACCAUCCUUCGUUAUCUUCCUCUCCACCAGAGAUCCAACAGUUGAAUUCCCACCGGACCUCUGCUCUCGUGUUACAUUUGUGAACUUUACAGUAACUCGCAGCAGCUUGCAGAGCCAGUGUCUGAAUGAAGUCCUGAAAGCUGAAAGACCAGAUGUUGAUGAAAAACGUUCUGACCUCCUCAAGCUUCAGGGUGAAUUCCAGCUGCGCUUGCGUCAGUUAGAAAAAUCCCUACUACAAGCGCUUAAUGAAGUGAAGGGACGUAUCCUGGAUGACGACACCAUCAUUACUACUCUCGAGAACCUGAAGAAGGAAGCAGCAGAGGUCACCAGAAAAGUAGAAGAGACUGAUAUUGUCAUGCAAGAAGUGGAGACUGUUUCUCAGCAGUACUUGCCUCUUUCUACAGCAUGCAGCAGUAUCUACUUUACUAUGGAAUCACUGAAACAGAUACAUUUCCUGUACCAAUACUCUCUCCAGUUUUUCUUGGACAUCUAUCACAAUGUCUUGUAUGAGAACCCAAAUCUGAAGGGAAUUACAGAUCAUACCCAGCGGCUGUCAAUCAUCACAAAGGAUCUCUUUCAGGUGGCUUUCAAUAGAGUGGCACGUGGCAUGCUGCAUCAAGAUCAUAUAACAUUUGCUAUGUUGCUGGCCCGGAUUAAACUGAAAGGCACUAUUGGGGAGCCUACGUAUGAUGCAGAAUUCCAGCAUUUCUUGAGAGGGAAGGAGAUUGUACUAAACACUGCAUCUCUCCCAAAAAUCAAUGGUUUGACUGUAGAGCAAACAGAAGCAAUGAUGAGGUUGAGCUGCCUUCCUGCAUUUAAGGACCUUGUUUCAAAAGUUCAAGCUGAUGAGCAAUUCUGUAUCUGGCUGGAUAGCAGUUCACCAGAGCAGACUGUACCAUACCUUUGGACUGAAGAAAAACCUGCAACUCCUAUUGGACAAGCCAUUCAUCGCUUGCUUCUGAUCCAGGCCUUCCGUCCAGAUCGUUUGUUGGCGAUGGCACAUACCUUUGUUUCCACAAAUCUUGGAGAGUCUUUCAUGUCCAUUAUGGAGCAGCCUUUAGAUCUGACACACAUCGUAGAUACAGAGGUGAAACCUAAUACCCCUGUGCUGAUGUGCUCAGUGCCUGGUUAUGACGCCAGUGGUCAUGUUGAAGACCUUGCAGCUGAGCAGAAUACACAGAUUACUUCUAUUGCUAUUGGUUCUGCUGAAGGGUUUAACCAAGCAGAUAAAGCAAUAAACACAGCAGUGAAAUCUGGAAGAUGGGUAAUGCUGAAGAACGUUCACUUGGCUCCUGGCUGGCUCAUGCAACUAGAAAAGAAGCUGCAUUCCCUACAACCCCAUGCUUGCUUCAGACUCUUCCUUACCAUGGAGAUUAAUCCAAAGGUGCCAGUGAAUUUGUUACGUGCUGGCCGAAUCUUCGUGUUUGAACCUCCUCCUGGUGUAAAGGCAAAUAUGCUGAGGACUUUCAGUAGCAUUCCGGUUUCUAGAAUGUGCAAGUCUCCAAAUGAGCGUGCUCGUUUAUAUUUCCUCCUUGCGUGGUUCCAUGCCAUUAUCCAAGAGCGUUUGCGCUAUGCCCCAUUGGGUUGGUCCAAGAAGUAUGAAUUUGGAGAAUCUGAUCUGAGAUCUGCCUGUGACACAGUAGAUACAUGGCUUGAUGAUACAGCAAAGGGCCGCCAAAACAUCUCACCUGAUAAAAUCCCCUGGUCUGCAUUAAAGACACUGAUGGCACAGUCUAUCUAUGGAGGUCGCAUCGAUAAUGAAUUUGAUCAACGUUUGUUAAACACUUUCUUGGAACGUCUGUUCACUACUUUAAGUUUUGAUAGUGAAUUCAAACUGGCUUGCAAAGUUGAUGGACACAAAGAUAUUCAGAUGCCAGAUGGAAUCAGGCGUGAAGAAUUUGUCCAGUGGGUUGAGAUGCUGCCAGACACACAAACGCCAUCAUGGCUGGGCCUGCCAAAUAAUGCAGAAAAAGUUCUUCUCACCACACAAGGCAUAGAUAUGAUCAGUAAAAUGCUGAAAAUGCAGAUGCUAGAGGAUGAGGAUGAUCUAGCUUAUGCAGAAACUGAGAAGAAGACAAGAACUGAUUCUACAUCAGAUGGCCGCCCAGCCUGGAUGAGAACACUGCAUACCACAGCCUCUAACUGGCUUCACCUUAUCCCACAGACUCUAAACCAUCUGAAGCGAACUGUGGAAAACAUUAAGGAUCCUUUGUUCCGAUUCUUUGAGAGAGAGGUGAAAAUGGGAGCUAAGCUGCUUCAGGAUGUUCGUCAGGACCUUGCAGAUGUGGUUCAAGUGUGUGAAGGAAAAAAGAAACAAACCAACUAUCUGCGUACACUUAUAAAUGAACUGGUGAAAGGUAUUUUGCCUCGUAGCUGGUCUCAUUACACAGUGCCAGCUGGUAUGACUGUUAUUCAGUGGGUGUCUGACUUCAGUGAGCGCAUUAAACAGCUGCAGAAUAUUUCCCAGGCAGCUGCUUCUGGUGGAGCAAAAGAACUAAAGAACAUCCACGUGUGCCUUGGUGGCCUGUUUGUACCAGAGGCAUAUAUUACUGCUACAAGACAAUAUGUUGCCCAAGCAAACAGUUGGUCCCUUGAAGAACUCUGUCUUGAGGUCAAUGUUACAACUACACAGAAUGCAGUACUGGAUGCGUGCAGUUUUGGAGUGACAGGCCUGAAGCUGCAGGGAGCUACAUGCAGUAAUAACAAGCUGUCGCUUUCGAAUGCUAUUUCAACUGUACUGCCCAUUACACAGCUUCGCUGGAUCAAGCAGACAAAUGCUGAUAAAAAAGCAAAUGUUGUUACUUUACCAGUUUAUCUGAACUUCACUCGUGCUGAUCUCAUUUUCACGGUUGACUUCGAAAUAGCUACCAAGGAAGACCCUCGUAGCUUCUAUGAACGUGGUGUUGCAGUUCUCUGCACCGAGUGAAAAGAUUUGUUUUGACUGGUAAUGCUGUAGUAAUUGUCAGUGUUCUGUGUACUAUUCACCUGUACCUUUUGUAGCCUGGUUAGGUUAGGCUGUCAGAUGGAUUUGUGUUAAGUUGACUAGAAAGGGGCAGUGCAUUGGAAAGCUGGUAGGCUAGAUUUCUUUGAAGGAAAACUGGAUGAGAUUUUUAGAUGGUUAUUCGUAGAUGUGAUACUUGAUGGAUCAUAUUAUAUGAAAUAAAAUCUAUAGCAA